AUGAAAGUCAGUCGUCUGAUCUUGGUGGUUUCUCUGGAUCUACGCGACCGGUUUCUUCACGUUGUCUACUAUUAUUUUUCUCACAGGAUCUGUGCUCUGCAUACCCUGACUUUCUGUUUAACAACUCUUUUCGCGUAUUCGUUUUUAGGGAUCGAUAGGAGGUGAAAUCGGUGGUAGCGUACUGGCACCGGUAGACUUACUAAACAGGACAACGUCUUUUCUCCUGAAACCUAAGCCACUGACACGUUAUGGAGGUAUACGACACGCACGAUAAGGAAGUGGCGGAUAUUGUGAGUGGCGCAUACAGUGGUACCUGCAAUCCACCAGUUAUAAAUGUGGAUUAUUCUGCCAGUAGAUCGCCAGUCAGUCGUUCUAAGAUGCCUCAUGUAAGGAAGGAACAAGGCGACGGGUUGUCUGAUUCAUCGCCAAAUUACAGUCCAGUUCCAGGUCAAGGUACGGAAGAUGACGAGUAUUUCAAUAGACUAGAUCCAAACAGAGAAUCCUCUUUCAAAGCACAGAGGAGUAAGUCUGAAGGGAAGCUACACAGCUUAGAUUAUAAAUCAUCUAAACUUGCAAAAAGAGAGUCAUUAAAGGCACAAAAGAAAAAUUAUAGAAGAGAAAAGAAGAGGGCAACUAAAGAAUUGUUGAGUACUUUAAAAGACCCCUCCGUUGUUGUUCUAUCUGGUUGGCUAAAGGUGAGGGGAACAUUAAAGGGAUGGACCAAAUUAUGGUGUGUGCUCAAGCCAGGCAUACUUCUCAUUUACAAAAGUUCAAAGCAUGGUCAGUGGGUUGGAACAGUUCUGCUGAAUACGUGUGAUGUAUUAGAAAGACCAUCCAGGAAAGAUGGAUUUUGUUUUAAAUUAUUUCAUCCUUUGGAUCAAUCCAUAUGGGCAACUAGAGGCCCAAAGGGUGAAUCAAUGGGUUCCAUUACAAUACCACUGCCAAGCAAUUACCUUAUAUUCCGAGCACUAUCAGAAGCUGAUGGGAAAUGCUGGAUGGAUGCCUUGGAGCUCUCUCUUCGGUGCUCCAGUCUACUGAUGAGGUCUAUGAAGGAGCAUGAUAUGAGUGGGACUACGGGAGAAACUGGUAGCGAUCUCACUCAACAACUUCAGACAUUUCUACACACUGCCAGGGAAAUGAACGAAAGUGAAAUUGAGAACAAACAUUUUAAGGAUGUUGGACUUGAUGAACCAGACCAAGAUGAAGGAGACAAAGAUGGUGACAAGGAUAAAGAGAGUGAAACAGACGCCUCAGAAGAAGAUGAUGAGGUUGAGGAAUUGCAGGACAUAGCUCAUGUGGAGACUACAUAUGUCUCAGAAAACAAAGAAGAACUUGGCCAGGAGUUCAACCAAACUGACACAAUAGCUGAUGAGAAUAAAAGUAUAGUAUGGAUGUUGAUAAAACAAGUGAGGCCUGGAAUGGAUUUAUCACGAGUCCUCCUUCAUCUGCUCAUAUAUAAGCUGCGCAUGUUGUUGAAAUUACAAUGUAUUUUCGUUGUGUGUCAUAGGGCAGUAAAAGACAAUGAUGCCUUCAGUCGAAUGAAACAAGUAUUAAGAUGGUAUCUCUCAGGAUUUUAUAAAAAACCAAAGGGUGCCAAGAAACCAUACAAUCCUAUACUUGGGGAGACGUUUCGUUGUAUGUGGCCUCAUCCUACAACAGGGAGUAAAACUUAUUACAUGUCAGAACAGGUGUCUCAUCACCCGCCAAUAUCAGCAUUCCAUGUAUCAAACCGCAAAGACGGUUUCUGUGUUAGCGGUAGUAUUCUUGCCAAAUCUAAAUUCUAUGGUAACUCUAUAGCAGCAAUAUUAGACGGCACUGCCAAAUUAUCUCUGAUUACAAGGGGAGAGGACUAUCUUGUUACAAUGCCAUAUGCAUAUUGUAAAGGUAUACUGUACGGUACAUUGACUAUGGAAUAUGGUGGUAAAGUUAGUGUGGAAUGUGAGAAAACAGGAUAUAGAACAGAGAUGGAAUUUAAACUCAAGCCACUGCUUGGUAGUAGUGAUAACGUGAACCAUAUAGUUGGGAAGAUUAAACUUGGUAAAGAAACGAUAGCGACAAUAGAUGGGAAAUGGGAUGGAGAAGUUUACAUUAAGGAUAAAAGAACAGGGGAAACUGAAUUAUUUUGGAAUGUCACAGAUGACGUUCGGAAAUCAAGACUAAAGCGGUACAUCCCAAAUUGGGAUGAAAUGGGAGAAAUUGAAUCACAGAAAUUGUGGAUUCAUGUGACAGAAGCAAUUAAUAAAGGAGACCAAGUGGAAGCCACCAAAGAAAAGACUAUCCUAGAGGAAGCCCAGAGACAAGCUAAAAAUGAGAGGAAAGCAAAACGUCAGGAGUGGUUGCCAAGGUUGUUUGAACAAGAUGAUAUAACUGGAGAGUGGCUGUACAAGCAUGCAGAUGCCAGACCAUGGGAUGCAAUGAACGAUAUUCAACAGUAUGAAUAUGGCGGUAUCAUACAAACAAAAACUAAACACAGAACACCUAUGGUAAGAACAACUAGUAUCAUCAGCCUGGCACCGAGUAGUCGUCUUGGCAGACGUGAAAGUAAAAGAGACCAUGUAAAACACAACAAGCACACAAGAACCACUAUGAGUCUUCGUCCAAUAAGUAAUUCUCAUAGUGGGGACAGUGAUGGGUCAACACCAGAUCACCACAGUGAAUCUUCAGAUAAUGAUGAGCAUUCUAGUAACAAAAGCAGCACCAAAGGCUCUCAUAAUACUUCAAAUAUUCUGAAUGCAAUACAGCCUUUACACGAGAGUCAACAACAAUGCACAGAUCAACUGAAAGUUAUUAGCCACCAAUUACUGACAAUAGCUAGACACCAAGAAGAAAAUCAGUUCAUGUUUGGACUUCGGAGCAAAGACUGGCUUUUACUUUGUAUUGUCUUACUCACACAGGUGCUUCUUAAUUAUUUCCUCAAACAAAAUGAAUAGCAGCAGUCAUGAGUGUAUGCAACAUACCUCCAUGGUGUAUCUAAUGCCGCUGCAGCCACACUGCCCAUCACCCUUCCAUUGCUCACUCCAGUGCACUUGUAUUUUUAAAUACAAGUGGCCAAGUUAGUUUUAAAUGGUUGAAAACCAUUUUUUUUUAUUAAUGUUAUACAUUAAAAUUCCUACCAGCUUACCCACACAAAGCUUCAAACAUUUAAUCUACCCGAUAAUAAGGUCAUUCAAUUUAAAAAAAACUGUGCCUCUGUGGAUAUUUUUUUCUCUACACAUACAUACUGUACAUAAUCUAAAAUAUUAUUUAAGAUAAAUUAUCUAUCCAUUUUCGAACUACAGCUUCAUAUAAAAUUCACAUGUUGAAAUCCCCUUGCUGCUUCUG